UGACAUUGUUAUGAAUACCCCUCUGUGUACAAUAUCGCUUCCAAUCAAAUAUAUAGAGCUCACGUGACUCCGCGUCAGGACGCGUUCCAAGCUUCAUGAGUAGAUUCAGUGUCUAUUCAACUCACCACUCCUCAUACAAAGAAAAGAAUGCCAGAUGUUAUCGACCUCAUCUCCUCAACACCCCCAGCACCAGCCGAGAAACCAAAACCACGGUCCCGAGCACUACCACCAGUGUUCGUUUCCAGCCCGCCGUUCUCUGCUACCACAACGAAUACCAGAGCACCUCGACCAGUUCCUCCGCCAUUUACGUUCUCUGAUGAUGCCGAUGAUUUCUCCUCCCCGUUCACAAGCGCACGCGAUACGCUAGAUGAUAAAAAUUCGAGCAAGAGACGGCGUGUUAGCGAUGAGUUCGAUUUUAAUGUACCACCGUCAGGCCAGCAGCGCCGGUCUGGAUCUCCAAAUACCAACUUGAAUCUGAAUACGAGAGAGUCGAAUCCAUUUCAGUUCUCAGAUGAGUUAGGAAUACCUUCGUCCAUUGGACCGAUGACAAGGUCUAAAUCGCCGAACCCGAACCCGAAUAGGAAUACGAAUCCGUUUCAGUUUUCUGAUGAGCUGGGAAUACCCUCAUCAGCGGGCAGGAAAUCACCAUCUAAAUCACCGAAUCCGCGCGCGAGGAGCAAUCCGUUUCAGCUCUCUGAUGAGUUGGGGAUACCCUCGUCAAUCGGGCCGAUGACGAUAUCAAAAUCACCGAAUCGGGAUCUGAAUACGAGGGAUUCGAAUCCGUUCAAGUUCUCGGAUGAUUUUGAUGAGUUUGGGUUACCGCCUGCGCCGGAGAUGGAGUCAAUAGGUAGUCCUGUGACGAGGGUUACGGACGGGGACAAGGAUAAGGGCUUAGGGGUGGGGAUGGGGUCGAGGUGGGCAGUUGAUUCGGAUCCGAUUGUUUUUACGUCUUCUGCUCGGAAGCCGCGGGGAACUGGGGUAGAGAAGACGGCUGUUCAGCGGAGGGAGAAUACGAUUACGAUUGACAGUGACGAUUACAAUGGACACGAUACUAGGAAUUGCCAGGAUAAAGGCAAAGGCAGAAGAGGUGACGAGAUAGAAGACUUCAGUGACCAGCUCUUCAGUCGGAUGUCGGAUAUGGACGAGUUGAUGGAGAUGGCUGAACGGCCGAAACCCACUGCUUCAUUUUCAAAUCGGACGGCGAGUUUACUGGCUAACCUUGGGAGGAAGACCGACAGCGCAAGUGCGACGACGAAAAAGACCACGGCUCGCUCGCGGAAGGGGGAAACAACUACUGUGGGGGAGGAAGUGGAUAUAGAUGUCGAGGACUUCGAACCACCACAACCCAAACGAAGAACAACUACCAAACCGACACAAGACAAAGAAGGCAAAGCGCGCUCCCGCGAAGCAAAUAAAGCAGCACGUGAACGCGAGCGCGAGGCUGAAAAAGAACGCAAAGCCAAGACCAAAGAAGAAAAGGCUAAAGAAAAGCAGUUGGCUGCGGACCUGGCGCAGGUCAACAAAUCCAAGGUUGACAAGAAGGAAUCAACACCCGAGAUGAUUAUCGAUUUUGAUAAGUCAUUGGAAGGAUCUAAUGUGGGAAAUCAGGCAGUAGAAUUCAUGAACCGGCUAGGUGUCGAAUAUACGUUCAUCGAGGGCUCGACUCGAGGCCUUGUCAAAUGGCGACGGAAAGUUCAAGCGACAUACAACGAAACCCUAGGAUACUGGGAACCAUGUCCACUCCGCAUCGAACCAGAAAAACACGUCUUAUGCCUCCUAACAGCCCAUGAAUUCGUGUCCAUGGUAACAGCCCCCGAAAACUCCCCCACCGCUUUACAAAAGCACGUCCUGCAUCUCAAACAAACCCACACCGACGCCAAACCAAUCUACCUCCUCGAAGGCCUAGCAGCCUUCAUGCGCAAGAACCAAAGCGCCCGCAACCGCGCCUACCAAGCCGAAGUCCGCCGCCAACUCGACCCCUCCACUGCCACAUCCACUUCUCGCCGCAAAAACCGACCCGAGCUACCGUUAGUAUCCGACGACACCAUUGAAGACGCCCUCCUCUCCCUACAAAUCCACCACAACGCCCUAAUCCACCACACCACCGCAUCUCCUGAAUCAGCCGAAUGGCUAAAAACCUUCACAGAACAUAUAUCCACGGUUCCCUACCGUCUCGAACUCAUGCGGGGCAAUGACUCUGCGUUCUGUAUGGAUGUCGGGCAGGUCAAGACGGGGGAAGAUAAGAGGGAUACGUUUGUGAAGAUGUUGCAGGAGGUUAAUCGGGUGACUGCGAGUAUGGCGUAUGGGGUUGUGGAGAGGUAUCCGAGUGUGAGCGAUUUGGUUGGAGGUUUCAAGGAUAAGGAUGGGGGGGUUGGGUUGUUGGAGGAUGUUAAGAAAUCGGCGAAUAAAAACGGUGCUCUGACGGAUUCGAGGAUUGGACCGGCGGUUAGUAGGCGGUUGUAUAAGGUGUUUAUGGGGCUUGACCCGGCUUCUACUGAGAUAUAACAUGGCACAUAUUUAAUGAAUGAUAAAAUAUCCAAUGCAAUAUUCAAUACUACCCGCAAUGCAAAACAGUCUGGCG